AUGAGUGACAUUAUUUGUUCCAAAGGUGAUUUUCGGAAAUAUGAGCUGGAAAUUUUAAGCGUUCUACAAAGUUUUGAAAAAGCUAGGGAAUGGGCUGAUUUAAGUAGCUGUUUGCAAAGAUUAAAUAGAUGUAUUAGCCGUGAAUUUGGUUAUAUAAGUGAAAUUCCUCUAAAGGAAACUGUUUCUAAAAGGUUAGCUCAGUGUCUAAACCCUUCUCUUCCAAGUGGUGUUCAUAUUAAAGCACUAGAAACAUAUGGAAGUAUUUUUGAAAAGAUUGGCAGUGAUAGAUUAUGCAUGGAUCUGGGAUUAUAUGCGUCUGGAUUGUUCCCAUUUUUUGUUAAUGCUGCCACACAAGUAAAACCUAUAUUUCUUGAUCUGAUUGACAAAUAUUUUCUUCCUGUGGGACCAUGUCUCUUACCUUGUCUUUCUGGUUUAAUUGUUAGUUUAUUACCAGGAGUAGAAAAUCCUAAAAGUGAAUGUUAUGAUAGAGUAAUGAGGACAUUUCAGCUGAUUUCAGAUAAAGAAUGCAUUGGUGAAAAGAAUUUUAUGUGUACAUUAUGGCUAGUAUUAUUAAGGACUGCACAAGUUAGAUUUUCAGCUUUGGAAGUGAUUAUGUCUAGAUUUUCAAUAAAUAGUUCAGAUAUGGAGAUAGAGGUUGAGAAACUGGAAUCUUUGAUUACAUAUCCAUUUUUGGUUGUAAAAGCCUUAGAGAGCUGCUUUGAAGAUGAGAAUAUUCUAGUAAAACGUCAUUUAUUAGAUUUUUUGAUUAGUAAUAUUCCAUUAGGAAAAAGUUCCCACCAAAUAAGUGAUUUAUUUUCUGUUGAAUGUAAAGUCUUAUUAAUGAGAAGAGGCCUUAAAUUAUUAUUACUAGGUGAGUGGUCUUUAACAAGAAGGAUACUCCAGUGGAUCUCUAACCAAAGGCAAAAUAUAAGUCCUAUAACUAGUGUAGAAGAUUUGGAUUCAAGUGUUGUUGAAGUAAUAACAAUGGCAAUACUUGAUGAGUUGAGUAUUACUUGCAGCAAUGUUGAUAAGCUAUUUACUACAACAUUGAAUGGUGAAAAAUAUUUAAGAUUAAGGAAGGGUUUAAAGAAUAUAAAUUAUUUAUCACCUAGCCAGUCACAUUAUCCUUCACUAUCUCAAGUUAUAGAGCCCAUUAAAAUUAUUGGCACUUUUUUUGAGGAGCUUGAAGGUUCUAUUUCAAUAUUCUUACCAAAGAUUUUGAUUUCCUUAUUAGUAUUUGUUCAAGAUAUAAUUUUAAUCAUUCCAGAAGUACAUAACACUUUUAUUGAAGAGUGCAAGAUUAUAAUUAGUUCAAACAAUAAAAAUAUUAGACAAUUUCUGGAUUGUAUUUGGAUAGCUUUUUCUCAUUUACUUAAAAACUGUGAAAGUGAAGACCAUGUUGAAAGUUCUAGAAGUCUCAGAUAUCCAGAUAUGAACGACUUAUACAAAGUUUCAGUCUUUUUUAUAGAUAACCUUGUGACUAUGGAGGAUACUAGAGAUAAUGUGACAAAUAUAAAAUUUUUGAUUGAUUUACUGGAAAUAUGUAUGAAACUCAUGACAGAAAAAUUCCAAAAAAAGAUAGAAGAUCAACUUAUAUUUCUUGAAUUAUGUCUAUAUAUUAUUAGAGAAUUGAAGGAAAGCAAAUCAGAUUAUAAUUCAUUUUUUCAAGAUGAUUUCCUUACAACCUUAUAUAGUUUUUUGAAUGAUUUUUUUGCAGAAGAAAAAAUAGCAAAUGAAGUUAAUUUUGAAUUUGUAGUUUUCCAUAAUAAAUUAUAUACAUUCACUAUUGAGUUAUUUAAUGUGAGUGCAAUAAGAAGAUUUAUCAUUAAUUCAACUGAAACUAUAGAUAAUUUUCCAUUUAGAGAAUUUCCAAUACCUUUAUGGUUCUUCAAUAUCUACAAGUGCUGCUUAUUUAAAGUUCCACCCUUAUCUCCGCAUUUCUUUUGCGAACAUUUACUUUUAUGUUUCAGAAUUUUCAUUGAAGUUUUCUAUAACAUAAAUCUAUUUACUGAAAAUAAUAAUAUGGGAGUGAAAACAUUAUUUAAAUGUUCUUUUGAAAUUACAACUCAUUUAUGGGACCUUAUGCGACCAGACUACCAAGAUUUACACAAGGAGAUAGUUAAGCUAUUGAUUGAUUUGGAAAAGUGGGUAAUAGAUCAUAGACAUAUUUUGAGGCAGGUAGAAGAUGAUCAGUUGAAAAGUAUAAGAAAUAAUUCAAUGUUGACGCAAUUUUUCAUAAACUCACUGAGUGUAUAUGACAUCGAUUUAAAGAUCUCCAACAUUAAGAAACUUUGUACAUUUGUUAAUUACUAUUUUACCGAAUCAUUUAAAUUUCCAUAUGAAGUAACGUUUCUUAUAUUAGAGGGAUUGGACUCUACAGAUCAUACACUACGAGCUACUAGUUCAAUUUGGAUUUCAAAUUCUAUUGAAAAUACUUCAAUUAUAUUUGAUCCUCUUUUGAAUGAGCUGCUUAGCUUGGAAGUUAUUGAGAUAGGAAAUGGUAUUUUCAGAUUUAAAAAUAGGUUGGACCUAGCUAGACUUACUUACACUUUGGAUAGACUUGUAACAUUAAUAACAGUAGAAAAUAUAGAUGUUUUGCAAAUAAUGACUAAUUCGAAGAUAAUUAAUUCUAAAAUUGAUAUUCCCUCGGAUUUUUUGGUUGAAGACUACUUGGAUGCUUUUUGUUAUUCUUGUGUUCGAUUAAUUACUACAGAACAAUGUGAAGGGUUAGAACCUUUAAAUUUUGGUAUUCAACAUAGCUCUAUAAAUGUACUCAAAACAAUUCUGAGUCGUCCAACAUUUUUCAGCAACCAUAUAUCCUCUAGUAAAUCAUUUAAUUUUCAAAAAAAACUAUUAAUGGUUUCUUCUUCUUUUGUCAACCCAAUAUUAGAAACUUUAAGCCGUUCAAUUGUAAAACAGAAUAUAUCUGUUCAGAUCCCAAUACUUCAAUUACUACAGGUUAUCCUUCUGCUUCAAAGAUCAAUAAUAGAGAUGUUUAAUGCAGUGAACAAGACUGAUAAUGCAAUUAUCAAAGAAAAAGUCGAUCUUGAAAAAGUAGAACUCCUUUGGAAAAACAACAAAUUAAUUCCAAUAUUGAUUUCAGGUUUAACACAGAAGGUGACAUAUUCUAGAUCUAGAUUAAAUUCUGAAAGGUAUAUAGUUGAUCACUGUGCUGAAGACACAAUAAUAAAGUCUUAUAUUGACUUUUGUUUGUUUAUUCUUGAAGAAUCGCUCUUAAGUAUUUCAGAAGUUUCUAUUUCUUUAAUUAAAAACAUUUGUUUAGAGUUAAUUGAAAGUCUCAGUGCUAAUGUAUACAAUAUAUCUAUUCAAUACAUACAAGGUUUGUAUAGAAUUUUAUUACGGGUGAUUGGGGUACCCCCACUAUCUGGUACCUAUUCAGUUUUAUCUCAAGCUUCUUGUAAAGCUCAACCACAAUCAACAGGCAUAAUUGCGAGUAUUUUUGGCUGGAAUAAAGAUGUAAGUAAUUGGGAUAAUUUAUUGAGUAAUUCUGUUGAAUAUUCAAAAAUCAAAGCUCCAUCUCUAAUAGCGACUCAUUCAGAGCUAUCUAUCAAUGAUAUAUCUACUGAUUCAAAGAAACAAAUUCUAGAAAAUAUAAUUCCUCUAGUAUACAUGACACUAGUAGAAAUUUCCUAUAUGAUAAAUUCUUUGAAAUUUCAGACAAGUAAUCUACAAACUAAGUUUAAUUUUUCACAUGAAGUUGGGUGUUUUAAUAACUUUAGUGAAUGGGGAUUAAAGUACCCAACGCAAUUUUGCUCAAGUAUGGCCAAUUAUGUCCACACAAUUGGUUUUAUUUUGGCUUGGAAUUCUCCAGAUCUAUUUGUAUAUUCUAGUAUAAUAUGCUGGUCAUUUGUUAAUAAAUAUUCGAUAAGCUGUCCCACCGUUCCUGAAUCUUUUUCUGAUAGAAAUUUCUCAAUAUUAUCUUUCUUCCAACUCCCUGAAUUUACACAGUUCCUAUCUCCAAACUAUAUUAUUUCUAUUAUUGGACAUUUUCUUUCAACACUAUGGGUACAAGGUCAACCUUCAAAAGAGAUUAUUUCAGAAUUUAAUAUUGAUAAUAUGACCGCAGCUUUUGAUAGUAACCUUACUAAAUUAAAAAGUAGCUCAAUACCUGAGUAUAUUUUGUUCUUUUCAACCAUUUCUAUGGAAAGAUCAUGGCCGUAUUGUUGGUACUUUUGGAAGGAAUCUUUAAUUUAUCACUUUUUAUAUUCUUUCCUUAUUACCUAUCCACUUAAACACUUAGAUGAAUAUAUAUCUCUUUGGACUAUUUUAACUAGCUUUUUACGUACUUUUCUAUCACAUGUCAAACAACCAAAUAGUAUUUUGUGGAUUGCAACUAUACUUUCAACUUUAGAUAGCACUAUGGCAUCUUCAAAGAUCGUAUCUUCUACAUAUUAUACGGAUAAACGUUUAACUAAUAUCUUUGAAGAUAAGAAGAUUCAAAAAGAUCUGACAGAUAUUAUGCUAAUGAUUAUUUAUUUGGUACACCAAAGUUUCUCUUUAAAGAUUCCAACUGCUGUUCCUACAAAAUUAUAUGAUAUUUUUCCUCUUCCUCCAAAUAUAGAGGCAGUGCUUCAAUCUAUAAAGUACGACUUUUUGCCAGAGAAAAGUGAAAGUAAAGUUGAUUAUUCUAAAAUACCUAAAACAAUCGUUAGUGAUGAGCCAAAUCUACUAUUUUCUUAUUACUCAAUAGCUUUCCUUAUAAUGUACAAUGUUGAAGUUGCUUAUCAUCCAAAUAGCAGGAGACUUUUGCUUCGAAGUAUUUGGAUAUUAAGUCUUGUAAAAUCAUUAAGUUGGGCAUUUCAUCCAUUAAUUAAGACUAACAAAAAUGUAGCAAACAUGCUUCAUCAGUACUUUUUGCUUAUUUUUUUUGAUACAUUCCCAUAUCGUUUGGUUCCUGAUUAUUUGAGUGCAAUUAGAAAACCAGUUAUAGAAGCUUUAAACUGUAAUAAUUUCUUUUGUAUGGAUAGAAGGACACUUCGAAGCUGGGUUAAUAUUAUUUCUCGUUUGAUAUCUCAAGAUAUUACAACAAUUUCUGUUGUUGGUAGAGCAAAUUUGUUGGAUAUUUAUGUUACUGAACAAACCACUGGAAUAUUUAGCACAAAAGAUGUAGACCUUAAGAAUCGUUGCAAAUACAUUAAGAGACUAGCUUUUCUGAUAUACUGUUCUCCUCAAAAUACUUUUCAGUUGCAAUUAUCAAUGAUCUUAGAAAAACUUGUAGAAAAUUUGAAGAUGGCUCCUGAUAAUAUGUCCUCUAGCUAUAUAAAUGCCAAAAACUUUAUUUUACUUGCUGAACAAGUACUCUUAUGCCUGCGAGUCUUGUUACUUAAAGUGCACUUUCAUGCAUUAAUGCCUCUUUGGCCAAUAGUACUUGCUGAACUUAUCAAAAUAUUUCACUCUAACCAAUAUCCUCAAUUAAUUGUUGCAGCUCUCAAAUUUAUAGAUCUGGUAUCUUUACUAGAUAUCCCAGAUUUUCAUCUUUAUCAGUGGAUUUUUGUAACGGAUUUUUUUAGAAUAAAGAAGACAUAUAACAAUUUGAAUGAUACUCCCAAUGUAAUACCUAAAACAGAGUGUCAUAUUAAUACUAAAACAGAUAUUGAUGAAAAAAGGAGAGUGGAAUUUGCUACAGUAAAGAACAUAAAGGAUAAUACUAUACCUAGCUCAGACUCAAAUAAUUAUAGUGGUAAAUUGGAAAAUCUCCAAAAAAAUAAAACUUGUACAUUUUCUCCAUUUUGCAAUGUAAUAGCAUUUAAUUUCAAUAGCAAUAAUCAAGAAUCCACAAAUAAUAUGUGUGGAGUUGAUUUGGAUGUAAUUAAAGAUAAAUUAUUAGACAAUAACCUCAGAUGUCCACUUUUAAAAUUUAGGGGCGAACUUUCUUCUGAAGAAAAACUUCGCAACAUGGCAAAGAUUUUAGAUGAAAAUUGUUUACUAAAUACAGUUCAAAGUCCACAAAUAGCUGAAGAUGAAUUAAUUAAAUCUCUAGAAGAUGAUUUUUUAGACAUACCUGAUCAUCUUCUGGAAUGGGGUGCAAACAUUGAUCCUUCUUCAUUAUUCUCAUUGUUGAACUUUCAACAAUCUAAAAUUAAAAAUAAGUGUUUACAACUAGUCAAAUAA